AUGCUCCUGAAAUUGGCGGUGUUGCUGUCCGUGCUCGUGCGGCCAGGUGCAAGUUACUUCAACCUCUUCCUCAGCCAGGCAGAAGUGCGGAAACUAAUGGGUCUCAAGGCGGAAUUGUUUUACGUGCGAGAGGGCGUCAUAAACGAGUACGCAAUUAAAUUUGUCGUCCCAGUGCCGGCGCAGGUUCACAAGCUGCAUUUCACUUGGGAAAAUCUCGCCGGCAGACCGUUGCCAUAUUCAAUGUCAGUAGACAUCAGCAACCCAACUGCGUUGAGCAGUUCCCUGAACAUAUCCCAGGCUGGCGAAAUCCCAGUGGGUGGUCUUCAGACUUGGGCUUUGGCGUUGCAUUGUGGCCCGUACGACGCGGAAGUCGACCUAAGCCUUCGAAUAAAUGUCUCUCUGUCGAGACGGAACACGACCAGCUUGGACUUCAGACGGAAGAAAAUCUGUUUGAAAGAUAAAAGUAACGUAGGAGCAGAAGAAGUACUCGUCGCUGCUUCUGGAUCCACUUCCGGCGGACAAGUGUUCUACGCUGCUGUUGGUUGUGCUUGUGCCUUCAUCGCCGCCAUUUUGGUUCUGGUUAUUGCCUACUACGUACGCGAUAAAAAGACCAGAAGACAUCGUGACCCUCUACAAGAAUCGAGAGGUCUAAGUUCCGCGUGCAGCGUGGAGCGGAGUACAGGAGUCGGACCAGCACAGACAUUUUUGUCUUCCGAAACACCGCCACCGGCUUCCGCAACAUCGACUUCCACUUACCGAAGAUUAGACGAUCGGCCGAGUCGGGAACUGCACGAGAGAAUUCAAGAAAUCACAGUUCAGAGAUGCAGGGUACGCCUCCUCAGCAUCGAGAUGGAGGGUACAUUCGGUCGCGUGUACAGAGGCAGUUACCACGAGGAGGGCGCGUCUUCCCCGAGGGAUGUCCUAGUGAAAACUGCUGCUGAACAUGCAUCGCAAUCGCAAGUCGCCCUUCUUCUGCGCGAAGGUUUAGCUCUCUACGGUUUGAGUCACGCAGCUUUGCUCCCCGUUUUGGGUGUCUCGAUCGAGGACAGAAGCGCGCCGUUCCUUUUGUAUCCGCACACCGGCUACAAGAACAUGAAGAGGUUCUUGCUGAGGUGCAAGUUGAGCAGCGAGGGGCCACCGAGGGCUCUCACCACGCAAGAAGUCGUGGAAAUGGCCCUUCAGGCCGCCAAAGGAGUCCAGUAUCUUCACAGAAAGAGGCUGGUGCACAGAGACCUGGCCGCUAGAAAUUGUGUGGUCGACGACGAUCUGAGGGUUCAAAUUACGGACAAUGCACUAGCCAGGGAUCUGUUCCCGCAGGAUUAUCAUUGUCUCGGGGACAACGAGAAUCGGCCGAUCAAAUGGCUUGCCAUAGAGAGCCUGCUGAAUAAGACGUUCAGCACUGCCUCCGAUGUGUGGGCAUUCGGAGUGUUAUUAUGGGAGCUGACUACGCUGGCGCAGCAACCAUACGUGGAGGUAGACGCGUUCGAAAUGGCCUCGUAUCUCAGAGACGGUUACAGAUUAGCGCAGCCAAUCAAUUGCCCGGACGAGCUGUUCGCGGUUAUGGCCUAUUGUUGGGCGAUGUCCGCGGACGAGAGGCCAACGUUUAGCCAAUUGAUCGUCUGUCUUCAAGAUUUCCACACCCAGUUGACCAGAUACGUUUAA